AUGAUGUCUAUUAGCAAGCACAGUCCUACCCCCACAGAAGGCCACCCUAUUAUUAGUUUGAAAUCACGAAGGAACACAAUCCGACAGAGUCGUUUGGCGCAGAUGGAAGCCUUUCAACAUUUCAUGGAAAGCGAGGAUAUGCAACCGCAACAGCAACAGCAACAGCCACAGAGCAGACCGAGUACAAGAAACAGUCGCACCGGAGCACCACGCAAAGCUCAGCUGGAUGCCUUUGAAGCACUCAUGGACGGACAAGAUAUCUUCGAUAUCAUUCUUCAAGACGAAUCAGAUCGAGUGUUCAAACGACGUUCCGCUGUUACUAGUACCAAGGCAUGA